AUGGACUUCGUGGCUGAGGUAACUAACUACCAAUGGACUCAAGUCACGCCGGCCCUAGAGGCCGCUCAUCUACUUGCCUUUCUCUUUCUCUCUCUCCUUCUUUAUCUCCCACCUAUGUCUUCUCUGUCGUUACCUUUCUCUGUAUUUCUUCCUUUUUCUUCACCCUCUCCCUCUACUCUCUCAAACCAGAUUAUCGCCUUUCCCUCUCUUUUUCUUCCUAUCUCUUCCUUUCUACUCGUCUCUCUCACUUUCCAGCCACACCAUCUUCCUCACGCCAUGCGCCUUUCUCUUCUUUCCCUCUUUCUCUUCCCACCUCUCUCCUCUUCGUGUCUGAACCCAGCUUAUGCAUCAUUCUCUUUUUUCUCUUCUCCUUAUCUUAUCCUUUUUUCUUCCUAUCACUUCCUCUCUACUAAUCUAUCUCCCCUUCUCCCUUACUUCGUCUUUCCCUCCGUCCAUCUUUCUCUCCUUUUCCUCUAUUUUCUUCUCUCAACUCAGCUUAGUCUCCAUUCUUCUCUCUUCUCAUUAUGUCGCCCUCUUUUUUUUUCUCAUCUCUUCCUCUUCUCAUCUCUGUGCCUUAACCAGUUCUCCCCAUCUCUUUUCCCACUCCCUGAUAUUAGAAAUCGAGUAUGGCGGCCAAGUGAUAAGAUCUAG